GGAGAUGGCUUCUCAAAAUUUUUUCUCUGUGGUGGCCAAGAACAUUGAUGUCCUUGUUGGGCCAGUGAUUGCUCUUGUCUAUCCUCUAUAUGCUUCAAUCAAAGCCAUAGAAACCAGAUCUCAAACAGAUGACCAACAAUGGCUCACUUAUUGGGUUCUCUACUCAUUACUCACCCUCUUUGAGCUUACAUUUUCAAAGUUUCUUGAAUGGUUCCCAAUCUGGCCAUAUGCUAAGUUGUUUGCUACUUGUUGGUUGGUAUUGCCUUAUUUCAAUGGAGCUGCUUAUGUUUAUAAGCAUUUCAUUAGACCAUUUUACAAAAACCCAAAAGUUCAAAUAUGGUAUUUACCGCGAAGGAAGGGUAUUUUUGGCAAACCGGAUGAUAUUUUAACCGCUGCCGAGAAAUAUAUCGCGGAAAAUGGAACUGAAGAGUUCGAAAGGCUUAUAAGUAGGGCCGAUAGAGAAGCAAGAUCACGGAGGGGAGGCUACACGAUAUUUGACGAUAAUUACGGAUAUUGAGUUUUGGACCUAGUAGGAAAAAAUAACGCAGUUGUGAUGGUAUUAUCCAUCACAAACGCUUGAAUACCCUUGCAAAAAGUCUUAUUUGCAAGGAUAAUUGCUAUGAGGUUGAGUGUUAUCCGGUUAUUGCAAAGGUUGUUAUAAAUUGUUGUAAUAUUUUGUUUUU